AUGACCAAGAUGUCAAUCCAAACAGCCUGGGAAGCCUGCAACAAAACAGACACUCUUUUUAUCCUCGUCUGUUCUGUUUUCUGCUGGCUCAUCAUUCCAGCGGUCGGCCUCGCCUACUCUGGCUACUCAACUCGUUUCAACAGCCUUGCCUCGUUCUACCCCGGUCUUCUUGCUGUCGCUGUCUGUUCGGUACAAUGGUGGAUGAUCGGAUACUCCCUAGCAUACAGCGAGGGCAAUGCAUUCAUCGGCGGGCUCUCGAAAGCAUUCCACAUUGGCGUCCUCGCUGAACCCAUUGGCACCAUCCCUGAGAUCCUCUUCUCGGAGUUUCAGCUCAUCUUCUGUGCGACCGUCUGCGCUAUCGCCAUUGGUGGUGCUUGCGAACGUGGCCGUCUUCUCCCUCUCAUCCCAUUUAUCUUCCUCUGGAGCACCUUCAUCUACGCCCCCUUAGCGCACAUGGUUUGGUCAGACAACGGCUUCCUCGCACAACUCGGCGCUCUCGACUUCGCCGGCGGCACCCCGGUGCACAUCUGCAGCGGCGCCACUGCAACAGCAAUGAGUAUCUACCUCUCCUACCCCUUAUUCCGCUCGCGGCGCUCCACGAAGCGCACACCCCAGCAUCUCCGGCUGCACAAACCACACAACACCCUCUGCCAGCUCCUUGCGCUCAUGAUUAUCUGGAAUGCCUGGCUCGCUUUCGACGCGGGGACAACACUAGCCCUCAACUUCAAGAGCAUCAUGGCCGCCUGCGUGACAAAUCUCUGCGCCGCUUCGGGUGCCCUUACCUGGGCUGGCCUGACGUAUGCAGAAACUGGGAAGUUCAGUCUGGACAGUACGUUCCUCGGUGCUAUCGCGGGUCUGGUUCUCAUUACGCCGAGCGCGGGUUUUAUCGAUCUGAGUACGUCGGUCGCGUUUGGCGUGGUUGGUGCCGUUGCUGGGCGACAGGCGCUGCGGAUUAAGUUCACCAAGGGUGCUGCCCUUCGACGCUGGGUCGAUAACGGAGAUACAUUUGCGACACAUUGUUUGGGUGGGCUGCUUGGGACGGUAGCGACGGGGCUUUUUGCGCAACGUGAGGUCGCCGCGUACGAUGGAGUAACCAUCAUUGCCGGUGGAUGUGUUUUUGAUAGCAAUUGGCGCCAGCUUGGGGUUCAGCUCGUGGAGGCGCUAAUCGGGUUUACGUGGAGUUUUGUCGGAAGCUACGUGUUGUAUGCUUUGGUAGAUUGCGUACCUGGGUUGGAAGUUUUAGCUACGGAUGAGGAUAUCAUUCUCGGGAUGGACGCAUCACAGAUGGGCGAGUCUUUGCACGAGGCACAGUGGGCUGGCGAAGAGGACUACCACCCAUUCCACGCUGAAAUUCAACUUUGA